AUGCCUGUCGCCGACGAUUCGCCCACCGAAAAGAAGCAGUCUAGCAGCAGUUCAUACCGAGAUGAGCUGGCGCAUUAUAAGGCUCAGUAUGAGCAACUGGAGGCAGAGCUAGCGGAUUUCCAAGUCUCUAGCCGGGAGCUGGAGACCGAACUAGAAAAGGAUAUCGAAGCCUCGGAGAAGCGGGAGCGCCAGUUAAAGGAGAAAGUCGAUACCUUGCGGUAUGAGGUGGAAGAGUGGAAGACCAAAUACAAGCAGUCCAAGACGGAAGGCAAUUCGGCGCAAAACAACCUCCAAAAGGAGAUCACCUCCCUCCGUGACACCAACCGCACUCUGCAACUGAAGUUGCGCGACAUUGAAGUUGCCAAUGAUGAUUAUGAACGGCAAGCCCGGAAUACCACUUCGUCCCUGGAGGACAUGGAAUACAAACAUAAUUCCGCCAUCGAGCGUGGAGUGCUACUCGAGGAGGAGAUGAGGGAGGGGGAGCAAGAGCGAGAGGGUCUGCGCAUUCAGAAUCAGCGACUACGGGAUGAACUCACCGAUCUCAAGGUCGAGGCAGAGAUCAUCCAGGAGAAGCUGCGCAACGCUGAAGGAGGACAUGCUUUCCGUCGUCGGAAGCACGGCGACUUCUUCGCCUGUCUUUGCUACUCCACCAGCCAAAGCAUCCCUGGCUUCUUCUACCGCCACUCCCCCUCGCCUCCCAUCUCCGAGUCGUCGUCCAGCCUGCGCCGAUCGAUUAACGCAACACCCACCUUCCCUCGCCAGCGAGCAGCAGGUGCAGACGCGAUUACUUCGAGAACGCUGCACAAUGCUCACAAUGCUCGCACGCAACCUCGCCCCGUGCACUCUCGAACCUCCUCUCUGGCCUACAGCAACCCUGGCCGUUCCACUCCUUCAAUUCCUUCCCGCAAUAGUCUGUCACGAACAAGCGGCAAUGCUCUUCGGCAGCCAACACUGCCUAAAUCGGGCUCUCUCUACCAAAUCCGAGGCCUCAUCGGCAAGAUGCAGAAACUGGAGGAACGUGUGCAGUCCGCCAAGUCACGACUCCCUGCACCUUCCGAAACCUCAUCUCGAGGUUCCCCCCAUUCUCGGGCCGGAUCUGUGGUGGGCGAUAGCCCCGUCGCCUCUAACAUCACAGUGCGGCGAAACUCACGGAAACGACUGAGCGGCAGUAGCUUUGGGUCUUCCGUGCGAGAUAGCGAGAGCGGCACACCAUCAUACCUCCCGCAAAGCCGGCAGUCCUUCGGGGCUCGAACCGGCGGUGACAGUCGUCCCAGCAGUCGAACCUCCUACUCCAGUCGCAGUUCCUUUAGCCAAAGCGUCCACUCCGGUGUUCCUGUCGGCGCUCGUCCCGAAAGUCGAUCUAGUCGACCCGGCGCGAAAACCCCACUCGGCCACUAUUCAACCAACCCGACGACAGAAAGUCGGCGCCCACGCUCCUCCCUCAGUAACAAUGCCGGACAGGGCUCGUCGGUUGGCGGAAUGUCCCAUAUUGAGGAGGACCUUGAUCUCGCUUCGACCCCGACUACCUCCCGCAUCCCGCAGGAGCUGCGCCGACCGUCAUUUUCCGCCACAGCAACACCAGGCACGCUCAAGAAGCGCACGACUAGUGGUGUUUCGGCUAUCCCCACACCGCGGAGUUUCAAGUCAAGUAUUGGGCCCGGGCCGAGCAUGGCACCACCGGCCGAUCGCAGGGCAAAAGUGAACGAUCUCGGCGAGACUUUUUAG